AUGAUUGACGUUAACCUUACGGGCGUGCUCUAUACAACAAAGCUUGCCGCGUGGUAUUUCUCUCGCCAGCAUCGCGACCCUCUGGACGGGUGCCUUGUGCUCGCGGGAAGUAUAAUGGGAUAUAUUGACACCCAAAGCUCCGCCAUCUACGGUGCAUCUAAAUUUGCCAUCAGAGGGCUGAUGUGCUGCCUAAGGAGAAAGGGCGUCUUUAGGGUCAAUAGCAUUGCUCCUUGGAUGAUUGAGACCCCCAUCAUGAGUAAGGAUUUCAUUGGAAGCAUUCGGCCCCAGCUGCAGGAAAUGGACCUCGACCUUGCUCUCGCCGAAGAUGCAGUGAGGGCAGUCUUGCGGAUUGUAACAGAUCGGGCAAUGAAUGGGCACUCCCUAGCAAUCGUUCCGCGGCAACUCGCACCAUCCGGCUAUCUGGACCUCGAUCUAGAUGACUUUGAAGUUGGUACUGCUGCAGAUCGACUUCAAAAGGCGGCCAGUACAAUCGACUACAGUCUUUUCCGUCACGAAUUGUCUUGA